CAGUGGUGGAGGCUAACCAGGCCCGCCGCAAGCCCAAGAUCCCCAAGGGUACCCGCGACUUCCUGCCCGACCAGAUGGCCAUCCGCGAGAAGGCCUUUGCGAUGAUCACAUCGGUCUUCAAGCGCCACGGAGCCGUGGCCAUUGACACGCCGGUGUUCGAGCUGCGUGAGACGCUGAUGGGCAAGUACGGCGAGGACUCCAAACUCAUCUACGACCUGGCGGACCAGGGCGGUGAGAUCCUGUCCCUGCGCUACGACCUGACGGUCCCCUUCGCUCGCUUUGCGGCGGUGCACUCCAUCGGCAACAUCAAGAGGUACCACAUCGGAAAGGUCUACCGCCGCGACCAGCCCCAAAUGAACCGCGGCCGCUUCCGCGAGUUCUUCCAGUGCGACUUCGACAUCGCGGGGGCCUACGCGCCCAUGGUGGCGGACGCGGAGGUGCUCAAGGUGCUCACCGAGAUCCUGACCGACCUGCGGCUGGGGCCCUAUGUGGUGAAGCUGAACCACCGGGGGCUGCUGGAUGCCAUGCUGGCGGUCGCGGGUGUUCCCCCCCAGAAGUUCCGCCCCAUCUGCUCCGCCAUCGACAAGCUGGACAAGGAGCCGUGGGAGGCGGUGCGCGCGGAGAUGGUGGGCGACAAGGGGCUGCCGGAGGAGGUGGCGGACAAGAUCGGGGAGUUCGUGGUGCUCAGAGGCGAGCCGCUGGCGCUGCUGGCUCAGCUGAGCGCCCCCGACCACCCGCUGGCGCAGCACCCGCAGGGCAAGGCCGCGCUGGACGAGCUGAGCGCCAUGUGCGGCAUGCUGGACGCCAUGGGGGCGCUGGGGCCGCUGAGCCUGGACCUGUCGCUGGCCCGCGGACUGGACUACUACACGGGGGUGAUCUACGAGGCGGUGCUGCAGGGGGCGAAUGUGGGCUCCAUCGCCGCAGGCGGCCGCUACGACAAGCUGGUGGGCAUGUUCAGCGGCAAGGAUGUGCCCGCCGUGGGGGUGUCCAUCGGCAUUGAGCG